AUGAACAGGAAAACUGGAGCCAUCAAGGCCGCUAAUGCAUUGAUGGAAAUCGACGCCGCUUCAAUGAAGCGUAAGGACAGAGAUUACGAUGAGAAACAGGAUACCCGGUACAAGAAGAGCAAAGCCGAUGUCCCCGCCACAGCCAACACAGCCAUUACCUCCACCACCUCAGACGAUGUGAACAGGACUACUGCUGUCUCUUCCUUCUAUAACAGCCCUCGCUCUGUCACCACCAACAAGACUGCUAUCGCCCCUUCCACGCCCCCUACGAUCACACGAACUUUGGCACGCGAACAUGAUGCCGCUCUGAGCCAUCCAGCCACCACCUCUAACAAACUGAAACAUCGCCUCGAGGAGGAUCACCAAGAAGAGGAGUCCCAGGAUCAUGACCAAGAGCCCCGAAAGCGAUACAAGGCUUGGAGCAGGAACCGGGCACCAUCGACAUUGUCGCCAUCCUCAGCGUUUAAUUUGAUGUCUUCUUCGUCUAUCGCCUUGUCUCAGACCUCUUCUCGCCGCCCCUCGUCUUGCCGCCGCUCUUCCUCCUCUUCCGCUUGGUCAACCUCACAGUUGCCUAAAUCGUCGUCGCCUGCACCCUGCGCACAUCCUCCACCAGCACCAGUCGAUACCAAGCAGGCCUCGCCAAAGCAAACAUUGAUGACCUUGCAAUCAGCAACUAGAUCUCCCCGAUCUUCUACUCCUCAGUCAUCCUCCCCGACGCCCUCUACUAUCGCAGCCUCCGAAUCAGUCGAUACAUCAUCAUAUGGAGGUGAUGGUAGCUGGGUGAAGGUUCGUGAAACCGCCGAGACCAUGAUCGUCACCAUCCAAACCCGUGCCAAGAAGGUCUUAAGCAAGGCCCGUCAGGAGCACAACGAGUCAGCUCAGAAACGUGAAGUCGAGCAGCGCAUCAGCGCGACCACCCUGAUUGUUGAUACCCCCGAGGAGCACAGGGGCGAUACGAAUAGCGGGCCUUUGGUCAGCAUGACCACAAACCAGGGCCAAGACGUCAACUUGACCAAGAACCCCAAGAGUUGCUAUUCGAGUGACGACGGCGAGGCCAAGGAGGUUGACGAGGCUGAAUUCGACUUUGAGUUGGAUAUCCGCGGUACCCAGAAGCGGAACAACUACCUCCGUAUGCGUCCUACUUAUUCUCUGCAUUUCUACACCUACUAUUCACCGAACGGUAGCUUUGUCACCGGGUGCAGCAGCAGCAGCAGCUGGUCUCGCCGCAACCACCCCUCCACUACGGCGCAUGUGGGAGAAGUCAAUUCGACACCUUCCUUUGUUCGCCAAGGCACACGAAGUCGUCAAUCUCGUCACCACAGCAGCAGCAGCGACACAACCGGUGGAUGUGAUCACAACAAUAACAAUAACUCUGCCAACCCAACCCACCUUCACCACCUCCUGAACAGCACCACCAUGCACUACGACACCAAUGAGAACAUUCCUCCACCAUCAUACAAAGCGCCUAUAUUCAACUUCCCCUGCAAGACGCGCGCUGAAUCUGUGCCGCUGAUCCUCUCGAACAAUGAUAGAACAGCUCGAGCCCUCAGAAGCAGCAACAUCAGUGGCAGCGGCACAAACACCAACACUGGCAAUCAUCACCCCUUCCGCCCGAUGUAA